AUGGCUGCCAAUUGGGAGACCAGGGCGGCAGAGCGCCGCCAGCAGCUGAGCAACACCAUCCCAGAGGCCUGGCGACUCAAGCCGGAGCUGCUCAGUGAGCUGAAGACGCCGCUGCAAGAGUCUGACAAUAAUGUGCUCGAGCUUGGUAUCUGCAAACGCUCUGGAAUAUUCUCCGGGAAGGAGCUUGAAAUCACAGAGUCGUAUAAUGUGACCGAGUUGCUGGCGGCGCUCGCUGGCGGAAAGCUCACGGCGCUGGAGGUCACGACUGCGUUUUGCAAACGUGCCGCCAUUGCCCACCAACUUCUCAAUUGCUGCACGGAAAUCUUCUUCGACAAGGCGCUGCAGAGGGCGGAGGAGCUCGAUGCCCGCCGCGCGCAGGGCGAGCCCCUCGGUCCCUUUCACGGCCUACCGGUCAGCAUCAAGGACAACAUUCAAGUGGAGGGGGUGCCGGCGACGCUGGGCCUGGUAUGCUUCUUUGACUACGUGUCGGACAAGAACUCGGCCGUCGUCGACAUCAUCCUCGCGAGCGGCGGCGUCAUCUACUGCAAGACCAACGUGCCGCAGACCAUGAUGACUGUGGACAGCCACAACAACAUCUUUGGACGAACCUUGAACCCGCUCAACACGAGCCUUUCGGCUGGUGGCUCUAGCGGUGGUGAAGGUGCCAUUGUCGGUUUCCGAGGCUCGCCACUGGGCCUGGGCACUGAUGUAGGAGGUUCUGUUCGAUUCCCAGCUGCCUGCAAUGGCAUCUACGGGUUCCGUCCUACCGUGGGACGUAUCCCCGCUGGAGAUGUAAAGCUAUGCGUCGACCCGGGUAUGCGCCAGGUCAAAUCAUGCAUCGGCCCGCUCGCCGGCGACGUAGACGCACUCGACAUCCUCAUGAAGGUCAUCGUCAACGCCCGCCCCUGGAAGCUCGACGCGACCGCCGCCGACCUGCCGUGGCGCGAGGUCAAGCUCGACGCCGGCCAGAAGCUCCGCAUCGGCGUCAUGGCCGAGGACCCAACGUUCCCUCUGCACCCGCCGAUUCGUGCCUCCCUCGCCGCGGCGUCGGAUAAGCUCGCCGCCGCCGGCCACGACAUAAUCCUGCUGCAACCGUCCGAGUGCCUCUUCUGGGAGGCCAUACAGACGGCGUUUGGGCUGUACUCGCUCGACCCGACGGGGGCGCGCCUCGUGGACGAGGCCGGCGAGCCGCCGAUCCCCUCACGCGCCAACCUGCUGAAGGGCCUCACGUUUGCGCCGUGGACGUACCUAGCGGACGCGGCGGACCUCGAGGGCCUGGCGCGGCUGUCGGCGCUCAACGUCAAGAGGGCCGCGAUUGCAGGCGCGUGGCAUGCAGCGUACACUAUGCACAACCUGGAUGUGGUGAUUGGGCCGCUGAUGCAGCACACGGCAGCGCCGCAUGACGAGUUUGCCAGUUCGGCGUACGGCACCAUUUUUAACCUGAUUGAUUAUCCGGCAUGUGUCAUUCCUUUUGGCAAGGCUGCAGCCAAGGAAGGCGAGACCUUUGAGCUGAAGCCCGGACAGUAUGCGUCAGAGUACAAGCCGGCAAAAUCGGAGGGCAUGCCUUGCACCAUCCAGGUUGUGACGCCGACGAUGCGUGACGAGGAAUGCCUGGCCAUCUCCAAAAUCAUCGACAGCCUUAACAAGUAG